AUGGCUUCUCCCAACUUCCGCGAUGACUCUAUAAAGCCCCAGAACCUCACCGAUUUGCCUUGCUCACCCUCUCCUUUAACCGACUCCGCAGCCCCACCAUUAUCAGACCCGUCACCCUCAACGUCGAAGACCGUCGGAGCUUCGCUCUUACGUGACUAUGCCUUGCAUAUAGACCCUUCACAAACUCCGAACGAAGUCGGCCGGAAGGACUCUGAAGAGUCUUUUACACCCGCUGCCAGCACCGCCUCACCGCACCGUGUGCCGGCGCAAGAAGACCACUCACCAUCGUCCAACCCGACUGCCUUCCCAUUUCGCGCAGCGUUCUCGGUGACGCGGCAUAGUCGGAAAGCCUUCUCUUGCGAUUUGAUACCCAGACAAACAAUCAUGAAAGCCCUCGCUUCGCGACCGACAUCGAAUCACCAGAACUCCAAUAUGCCGCUGGCGGCGCCCUUUGGUCUUCAGAGUCCGACCUCUCCCUCCAGUCCUCCAGACGAGACAGAGCGCCGUCCACACACAUCAUCGUCGCAGAAACUCUCCGCCGCUCUGUCGAAUCUACAGCUCGCAUCAGACGCUGAUCGCGUUCCCACUACCCGCCUUAUUAUGCAGUCGCCGUGUUUUUUCCAUAAGCGGUUUGACGAUGCAGUAAAUCUCCAAAAGGUGCUUGAAGAGAUAACGGAUGACGAGUGGCUGUCACACUCCCGCCUUUUGCAGACGGCAACAGGAGUCCGGGAGGUCUCUAAGCAGCUCCAGCGCCGACCGAUAAAGCGCGCGGUCAAGAAUGUCAUGAUCGUUACAAAGGCGCGUGAUAAUAGUCUAGUCCACUUGACUCGUGAAUUGGCGGAAUGGCUCCUGUCUACACCACGUUACGGGAGCGACCUCGGCGUAAAUGUGUACGUGGAUGCUAAGCUACGGCAUUCAAAGCGAUUUGACGCCCAGGGCCUGAUUCAGAAGAACCCAGCUUAUGAACAUAUGAUCCGCUACUGGACUCCAGACCUCUGUUGGACAUCUCCAGAGAAGUUCGACCUUGUGCUUACGCUGGGAGGAGAUGGGACUGUCCUGUUCACGUCCUGGCUGUUCCAACGUAUCGUCCCGCCUGUCCUUUGUUUUUCUCUAGGCAGUCUGGGGUUCCUUACGAACUUUGAGUUCGAAAAUUACAAGUCUCACCUGAACGCAGUCAUGGGCGAUGUCGGUAUGAGAGUCAACCUUCGAAUGCGAUUCACCUGCACAGUUUUCCGAAAGGACCGGAGUAAGGGCGCGGAAGCCGGUGCGGUGGAAGAAGGCGAGCAGUUUGAGGUGCUCAACGAGCUUGUCAUCGAUCGAGGGCCGUCGCCAUAUGUGUCGAAUCUUGAGCUGUACGCGGACAACGAUCUGCUUACCGUUGUUCAAGCAGAUGGCUGUAUCUUUUCCACUCCGACUGGCUCCACUGCCUACUCACUGUCCGCUGGCGGCUCUCUCAUCCACCCCUCUAUUCCUGGAAUUCUCCUCACACCCAUUUGUCCUCAUACUCUAUCUUUCCGUCCCAUGGUCCUCUCCGAUUCUCUUCUCCUCCGCAUUGCUGUCCCGUCAGGGUCUAGGUCGACGGCAUACUGUUCGUUUGACGGCAAAGGCCGUGUAGAACUUCGCCAAGGUGACUAUGUCACCGUCGAGGCGAGCCAAUACCCCUUCCCAACCGUUGUUGCCAACAAUGGAGAGUGGUUCCAGAGCGUCCAGCGGGCGCUUCGCUGGAAUACACGUGGGGCAGUCCAGAAGAGCUGGCAUAGCGGCGAUACCUCUGUGGAUGCCGCCGAUGAUGAGAACGAGGACGAGGAAUGGGACAUAGACACCGAUGCCGGGUACAACGGCACCGAUAGCGGCCUUGGACCGAGCGAAGACGGCGACGCCGGAUCAAAUAGUCCCAUGAAGCGGCAGAUGAGUCUGCUUGGGAUGCAGCCGUGA